CAGACAGGCGGGGUCCUUGCUCGUACUGGAGGUGACAUUCAGUCGUUUUAGCACUUAGCACAGACGGGUCAACAUGGCACAGGCAGUGCAGAAACUGGUCGCUAAAGUACCAACUCUGGUUGGUGCCGCUGUCACCUUCUCCAAACCUCGACUAGCCACCUUCUGGCACUACGCCCGUGUUGAGCUUGUCCCCCCGUCCCCUGCUGAGAUCCCCAAGGCCAUCGAGGGGGCAGCGAGCCUCCUGAAGGGGCUUCAGUCAGGACGUCUCGGUCAAACCACAGUGAAGGAUGCUUUCAGGAAUGGAUUGGUCGCCACCGAAGUGUUGAUGUGGUUCUACAUCGGAGAGUGCAUCGGCAAACGAGGCAUCAUCGGUUACGAUGUCUGAGUCUUGGACUGUUGUACUUUUUUUUUUUUUCUUUUUGAGUGCUGUACGCUCAACUUCCUGCAAAAAUCCUGGGAACCAAUAAACAAUGUCUAUUGUAUAUAAAACAA